GCCCUGGCCUCUUUCUUCUUCUUGCCUUGGCGGUGCUUCAUUUUGUCCGUCCAACCUGGCGAAUGUUCGUUCAAUUUCAGGCAUAUGCCAAAAAUGGUGGGAAGAUAGCGAGGCAACAAGUUGCCAAGGAGGUAGUUCCAGUGAUUCCAAUGGCCCUGCCUCCAAAAGAGGUUGAGAGGAUCCAUGCAGCUGUGCGAACAAAAGCAUUGGAAGCCAUAGCGCUUGGCAAUUUACCACCGGGCAAGGAGCUGGAACUGAUUUCGGCCUUGGAUUUGGGCACCAUCCCCUGGAACCAAUUUCCAGUACAGCUCAAGGAGCAGUUGGCAUUGCCCCUGGAGGACCGUGGAAUCGACUCGCUGUCGUUGAAUCUGUCGGUGGCUGUUCAGGCCAAAGAUUAUGCCAAUGGAAGCACGGUGCCCUUGAGCAGCCUUGCCACUUUUCACCUGUUGGUCGAAGGGAAGUGUUCGAAAUUGAAGGGUUUGGUUCAACAGAUGAUCGUGGCGACCAGCGAUGGCACACUCUUGCCAAAGCUGUGGCAGCUAACUGGGGCUGUUCAGCGAACAUAUUCUGUGGAAAAGAUUCAGGCUUGGCGAAGGAUAGCUCAAGAAGCUAGCUUGGCACGAGAAAAGACAUUCAUCACUCCGGUCAGAAAGCUUUUGAAGCGCUGGCCCCAUCAAAAAGAAUGCUUGAAGCACUGCCGCAAGUUUCUCCAGAACAGAUCAAAGAUUGCGAAAAAGGACUUCUUUGUGCAAAUGGCGACAGGGACCGGGAAGAGUUUGGUCAUGGCAGAUUUGUUGGCUGAGAUUUCACCAUCCCAGAAAGCUUGUAUCAUCGUCCCAAAGCUGGACUUGAUGGAACAGAUGGCCCAACUAUUGCAGGAACUGCAUCCAUCAUCUCAUAUUUGUCGUGUUGGGAUUGGGUGGCCAGCAAAUCUGACUGCGGAUGUCUUUGUAUGUGUACGAAAUUCAGCUUGGCAGCUUGCAAACCUCACCUUCCAUGUGAUUCUGCUGGAUGAAGGUCAUCACUAUGAACCUCUGGCGAUGAUGGCAGAUGCUAGUGCCACGGAUUUUGAAGCUGCUGAAACAAGCGGUUCAAGGCACGAUCUUGGCGCGGCUGUCAUAACACAUACACAGCAGGUCCUGGCACUCAAGACCAAGAAACGAAUCUUUUUCAGUGCAACCUUGAGGAGAAACUCAGCCGAUUUUGAUUUUGGCUUAAGGCCUGCUAUUGAAGCUGGAGUCAUCCAGGACUAUUCCGUCAUGGUGCCGGUGUUGUCUGAAGGCGACCCACGACCGGGAUUGGUGGAGCUGAUCCGAAAUCUGCCAUUGUCCCGGAAGAUCCUGGCAUUUUGCAAUACUGUUCACGAGGCACAGGCUUUCACACAGAUGCUGACGGAGGCAGGGAUAGCAGCAGACCAUUACAAUGGUGGAACUACACCGAAGCUUCGUGGUGACAUCCUGCAGAGUUUUCAGCGACCUGAAAGCUAUGGAGGGAUCAGAGUUUUAGUCACAGUAGAUGUUCUCAGUGAAGGAGUAGACCUGCCAGUUGCUGACACCUGCUUGUUUGUUGCACCUCGUUGGGGUUUGCGCUUGAGGCAAUGUGUGGGAAGGGUCCUUCGCAAGCAUCACACAAAGGUGGAUGCCCUUGUCAUCGCUCCGCCGAUUGUGAAAAGGCCCAAUGGCUCCUUGACGGAAGAAGCAGAGCUGACUCGAUUGCUAAGCCAACUUGCAACUGCAGAUCCGUGGUUUGAGCAAGCCCUCCAGAGUGGAGAUACUGAUCAGAGCCGACUAUCAAUCUCUACAUCCGGAAUGAUGGCAGAUGACCAGGAACAUGUGCUCGGAGACAAGGCUGCGAGGUUUAUUCGAAUUCAUGUGUUGCCGUACGUUUUGGACACCUGCUGUGCGUCCGAUCUUGGCUUUGUGUGGGAUGUCCGAAAGUUCAGAUGGGAGGCAAGCAUGAGGAGGCUCGCAGCCUACACAGCAAAGCAUGGGCACGCACUCGUGCCAAACGAGUUCAAUUGUUCUGAUGGCUUCAGGCUUGGAAAAUGGGUCGACACGCAGCGGGUGGCGAGAGCCAAGGGCAAAAUUGACACCGAGCGAAUUCGGAAGUUGGACGAGCAUGAAUUUGUUUGGGACACUGACCAGGCAGCAUGGAAUGCUGCUGCAGACAGAUUGAAGGCUUACAAAGAAGAGCAUGGGAACACAUUAGUGCCGCAUCGUUACAAGUGUGCCGACGGCUUUUGGCUUGGAGCGUGGGUCAGCAAGCAGCGGACGGCGAGAGCCAAGGGCAAACUUGACAAAGAGCAAAUUCUGCAAUUGAGCGAGGAUGGGUUUAUUUGGGAUGCCAAUUACUUUGCAUGGAAUGCUGCUGCAGAAAGAUUGGAGACUUAUAAAGCAGAUCAUGGGAACACAUUAGUGCCGCAGCUUUACAAGUGUGCUGACGGCUUUUGGCUUGGAGCGUGGGUCGGCAAUCAGCGGGUGGCGAGAGCCAAGGGCAAAAUUGACACCGAGCGAAUUCGGAAGUUGGACGAGCAUGAAUUUGUUUGGGACACUGACCAGGCAGCAUGGAAUGCUGCUGCAGACAGAUUGAAGGCUUACAAAGCAGAGCAUGGGAACACAUUAGUGCCGCAUCGUUACAAGUGUGCCGACGGCUUUUGGCUUGGAGCGUGGGUCAGCAAGCAGCGGGCGGCGAGAGCCAAGGGCAGACUUGACACGGAGCGAAUUCGGAAGUUGGACGAGCAUGAAUUUGUUUGGAAUGCGACUGCGCUGCAUGCGGCAGCACUGCUCUCCAUGCGGUGCAACGAGAUGUGCAACGAUGACGACAUAGAGGAAAGGCACGAGACAGUCACAGUGCCAUGCACCAUGGUUAUGCCUCCUCGCAACAGCUUUGAAGAGGUGGAUGCCUACUGGUCCUACCUGGAGUGCACAACACCUCACUGUGGUGGAUGGCUGUGGAGGAGGCACUUGGCAGAUCCCACAUGGGGUUUGAAGUGCUACCACUGCAAUUUAAGCCAGCAAAAACUGGAUGACAAACUUUAUGCUUAUACUCGGGCAAUGGGGAUCAAAGAAGCCUUGAAUUUGCAUGAAUAUUUGAGGCUGGAGCCACAACAGGCAGAAUCUUGCAGGAGCCUGUGCAAGCUCAGCAAGCUCUUGACUGCCCUGGUGGAGGUGUCACCUUCUGCAAAGGUGAAGUGCAGGUACCUGAAGCACAGCAUGGUGUACUUGCAGCAGACAUGGGGCUGUGAGCUGCUGUCUGCACACUGGACAUGUGAGAAGGGCUUGCUGGCAGGGAGGGCAGCAGAUGCACUGCUUGUGGUUCUAAACCACUGGAGAAGGUGCACUGCUUCCCCCACAGCAUGGCAAAGGUUUUGCUCCAAGCUGGAUGAAAGCCAAUGCCAGCUGAUGGAGCAGGUGAAAAAGAAGAUGGUGAUUGAGAAGCCAAAGAGAAAGCUGCUGCCAAAUGUGUCAGAUGUGAGCAUGGACUCCAAGGGCUUCCCAGCCAUGACAGCCCAUGGAAAAGAGGAGGAGGAGGAGUCAGAAGAAGAAGAAGAAGAGGAAUAUGAUGAGACAGAGAAGGAAGAUGAGGAUGAGAAGGAGGCUGUGACAAAGAAGGCCAAAAAAAGCGACCUGGAUGCCAUGGAAAGUUCCCCACCACCUGUGGUGAAAAAGGACUGGAGAGCUGCAGCAGGCUGCAACAUAAAGAAGCCUGCCUCCAAGCUGGUGGGCAAGAAGAAGGGGAAGGUGAGUGUUGCAGGCCUUGCAAAAGGGCCUAAAGCAAAGACAGGCCCUGGAAAAGGGCCUAGCAAGUGCAAGGGCACUGAAAAAGUGCUCAUUCACCAGGGGCCUGGCUUCUGCACACAGCAACUGGGCCUUGUACAAGGGCUCCCACUACAGGCCUUGGAAAGGGGCUUGGACUUGGAAGGUCCUGCAAAAGGGCUGGCAAUGGAACCAAAAGAGGAGCCAGACUGGGAGGCUGAGCAAGUUCCAAGAAGGAACAGGAAGUCUUGGGCUGACCCGGCUGCAGAAGAAAAGAAGGAGCCUGCCAAAAAGGAUGGCAAGCAUGAGCAGAAAAAUGAAUGGUGGGAGGAGGACUGGAAAAAAGGUGGUAAAAAGUGGGAUGACUGGUGGGAAGAAAAAGAGGAGCAAUGGCAAGCAUGGUCCAAAAACAAGAGGUGGGAACCAGAUGGUGAGGAUACAGAAGAGGAGGAAGUGCCUUCCAGCAGCACCCAGAAGAAAAACACAUGUGGCUCACAGAAAGAAAGGGCCAAGAGAAGGUGGCUCAUGAAAACCUGCAAGAAUGAGAGCCAAGAGGAAAAGGAGAAGCUGAAGCUGGGUGCCUUGGGAGCAUGCAGGCUGAAAAGGCUCCUGGACAGGCAAGAAGACAGGAAAAACAAGCUGGAAGCAGCCCAGCUGGCACAGGCAGCAGCAGCAAAUGCUGCAGCUGCUGCCCAAGCUGCCCAGGCUGCAGCUGCAUCUGCCCAAUGGCAACAAUGGCAGAUGCAGCAGGCCCAGCUGGUGGAAGCCCAAGCCAUGUGGCACCACCAUGCCUACUACCAAGGUCAAGGUGGCCAGCCACACCAAUGGGGCUGGCACCACCAGACCAUGGAGCAGCCUGUGGAGCAGCCCAAGCAGCCAAAGCCACACAGGCAACAGCCAGGACCAGUGGCCACUGGCAGUGCUGCAGCUGGUGCUGGUGCAAAAGGAGGAUCCCAGGGGCCAGCCCCAGCACAGCCUGGGAGAAAAGGCCAAGGCAAGACUGCCAGGCCAAAGAGGGCAACACACCCACCAGCUGACCUGCAUGGCAAGAGGGCUGAAGCUGCAGGGGCACUGGAUGGGAUUGAAGUGAAGGAUGAGGAGUCCUCUGAUGGCUGGCAUGAGGAAACUUCUGUUCAGCAGCAUUUAGGUUUUUUUGGCCUUGAGAGAGGGCUACCCAAGAUGGCACCCAAAAAGGUCAUGAAGGUGCUGAACUUGAAGUUAAAAAGGCCUGCAAGUGCCUUAGACCAGCUGAAGAAAGAUGAAGGAGAGGGAAUGAGCUUGGAAGACAAGAUGGCUGCCUUUCAGAAGAAAGGCAACCAGGAUGUGGGGCAGUUCCUGGACACCCUGACAAAAGGUCAGAGGGAAGCACUGUGGCAGAGGUUCUCCUCUGCCAGAGCCAGCAUGAAGGACAAGGAGUGUGAUAACCUAUGGCAGGAAGUGGCCAAAGGAAAAGGCAGUGACCCAGCAAAGAAGAAGCUUUUGGGCUGCUUCUUGAAGCUGGGAGGAGACCUGAAGGGGAAAAGGGAGGUGUACCUCCAGGAGCUGGUGUCUUACACCAAAAGCUCUGGUGAAAGGAGCUCAGAGGAGUGGGUGCCUUUUGCUGUGGUGCUGCAGCGGUUUGGCCUCCAUGAGUGCAUGAGAAGGGUAAAGAGAGGCAGCAUAGGUGUCAGAAAAGACCCUGCUGACCCUGCUGAGUGGCAGUUCACCUUGAGGAAAAUAAUCACAUGGACUGAAGAGAAAAGCCAGCAUGAACUAAAAGGUGAAGCAAAGGCCAAAGGAGAAGCCUGUCAGUGGCUGGAGCUCAAAGCCCAAGGCCUUCUGGCAGAUGGGGAAGGGCCUGCUGCAAGCUCCAAGGCUGCCAAAGCUUUGGAGGAUGUGCUGAGCAAAGACAAAAGCAAGUUGGCAAUCAUGGACAAGCAGUCUGGGCAAGCAAGUGAAGAAGAGGCAGCAGCCAGCCCUAAGAAAGAUGAGGAUGAUCAGGUGGUGGAAGCUGACCUUCUCUCUGAGAUGGGAAGCAAAGUUGCUAAGGAAGAGGCCCAAGUGAGGGUGAAGAGAAUGAUGAAGCUCCUGAAAGGAGUGAAGAAGGAGGUUGGUGCAGCAAAGGCUAAGUCUUUGGACCUGUGCCUGGCUGACCUUCAGAAGCUGGACAAGAAAGGGAAAAAGGUCAGCCUGGAAGAAGCCAAAGGGAAGCUGUUUGAUGCUGCCCUGCAGAUCAAGAAGGAGCCCACUGCAGAGGAGCAUUUGAGCCCUCUUGGCCUAGCACUUCUGGAGCAAUUUGCACAUGGGAUGUCUGGCCCUUCUGUUCAACACCUUGCUUUGGCUGCUGUGAAGUCUGGUGCUGCAACAGGUGACAUCCAAGUCUUGGCCAGCCUGGGAAACUUUGGCAGGAAUGAAAACCAUGUGGCAGGACAAAUCACUUCAAGGUUUUGCAAAAAUGAUUCCUUGGACCUCCCUGUGCCUUACUGCUUUGAAGCUCCAGUCUUGAAGAAAGGCACAGACAGCUGGUACCUAGCAAAUCAGACUUUGGCAGUGUUCUUGCCCCAUGAGUGGUUCUCUUGGGUGGAACAUCAUGACAAUGUUUCUGGCUUUUCUGGGUUGCAGAGCUUUUGGGAUGAGCAUGAUGCUGCUGAUCCAAAGCUGUGCAAGAAUCCCAUGAAGGGCAGCAGGCACCUGUACCUGCCUCUGGUCAUUCAUGGGGAUGGUGGUCAAUUUCAAAAGUGGGAUUCAAUCACUAUCAUCUCAAUGGGAUCACUCCUAUCAGCUGACAAUGUUGCAUCCAGCCAAAUGCUCCUAGCAGCUAUCCCCAAGGGCUGCCAGCACAAGAGUGAAAACCCAGAUGAAGACACCAUGACAGUGGUUUGGAAAGUGCUUGCUUGGUCAUUCCAGCAUCUCUAUUAUGGCAAAUUUCCAGAAUUUGACCAUUUGGGGAAACCAUGGCCUGCAAAAACAAAGAGGGCAGACCAAAGUGGCUCCCAUCUGUGGACACAGAGGGUCAGAGGCUGCUUGUUCUGUGUCACUGCAGAUGGGGAGUUCCUGCAAAAUGAACUCAAGCUGCCUGGGCACAGCCACAACUCCUGCUGCUUUUCUUGCCAAGCAAACAAGAGCGACAUACCUCACAAUGACUUUAGAGCUACAGCAAAGUGGAGAUCUACCUUGACCAAGCCUGGGACACCUCUUCCUGGUGGCCAUCCUCUUGGUGCAGUACCUGGCCUGAAUACAUUCAGUGUCCACUAUGAUACUUUGCAUUGCCUGGAAGAAGGGGUGGCAGCACAUGCCCUGGCCAACACCUUCUUUGACCUAGUUGUGAGAGGCCAUGCUGGAGCUGGGACCCAGGAUCAAAACCUCCAGGCUGUCUACAGGCAGAUCAGGCAACCGUACUUGGAACAAGGCAUAGAUGCCAGCCACAGGAUUAAAAAAUUGAGCCUCACAAAUUUUUCAGCCAGGGAGAAGAAGUAUGAAAAGUUUCCUGAUUUAACAGGAUUCAAGGCAAAGCAGAUUCGCUACCUUGUGCCUGUGAUGGCAGAGAUUCCGCAGUUCUACACUGAUGAGGAUGAUGCCUAUAGCCUCCAUAGGCUCCAAUGCUUACAGAACUUGAACAGCAUGUAUGAGCUCAUGGACUGUGGCCUUCACAUGGGCAAGGAGAGCAUCUUGCAGUUCAAAAAAGUUACAGACCUGUGUCUUCUUCACUUUGCAAGGUGUGCAAAGCUGGCUAUGGAAGCUGGGUUGCUCCAAUGGAACCUGAUCCACAAGCACCACCUUGUUGCCCACAUGCCUGCUCAAGCUGCCUAUUUGAACCCAAAGCUGGUCUCAACAUACUCAGGUGAAACAAUGGUGGGAUUUAUGGCCAGCCUGGCCCAUGCCUGUCUGAAUGGAAGUCCUCCCCACUUG